AGUGCUUCCGCAUUCCUGAGCUCUCUCAGACAAGAGCAGUACUUAAACGGGCUGAUGCAACGACCUCAGCUAGUCCCAAAAACCUACAUCCGUCUCACUACUCCCGCAUCGUCACGUUAUUACUACUGCGGAUUCUGGACGCACAAUAGUGUCCAAACACAGUCGCAUCAUUGACAGAAGACAACUGGCAGGUUUUCUCUGAGGGCGGCGGAGGCGGGGUCGGACAUGAUGCCGGGACAGAUACCUGACCCCUCGCUGGCGGCCGGCUCCCUGCCAAGCCUGGGCCCCCUGGCAGGCAUCUCGGCCACCACGCUCACCGAUCAACUCAAACUGGCCGACUUCCGCCAGCUGGGCGCCAUACUGUCCCCGCUGCACUUCCUGGGGAGGCUGGGGAAGAGGCCGCUGGCCAUAAAGACUGAGAUGGAUGAAGACGAGGAUAGGAGGAAAAGGAGACGAGAGAAAAACAAGGUAGCAGCAGCACGAUGCCGAAACAAAAAGAAGGAACGGACAGACUUCCUUCAAAGGGAAUCAGAACGCCUGGAGAUGGUGAACUCUGAGCUGAAGGCCCAGAUUGAGGAGCUCCGUAUUGAAAGGCAGCAGCUAAUGGUGAUGCUGAACCUCCACCGGCCCACCUGCAUCGUGAGGACUGACAGCGUCAAAACACCUGAGAGCGAGGCCAACCCCUUGCUGGAGCAGCUGUCCGCCGACAAAAAGUGAAACCAGGAAACCAUGGGUGCGAAAUCCCUGAUUCCUAAAACUAGCACCACUGUGGCAGCCAUUUUUUUUAUGAAACCAUAACUGGCAAUACAUUUCUAAACAUGCACUUGAGCUCCACACUGAGGACUUAUGGAGACUCUGCCCAAAGACAUGGGGGGGGGGGGGGGGGGGUUAAGGGCUUCUUUAGCACUGCUACAUGAGCUGGCUCUGUCCAUUGGAAAACUGGAAACACCCAGUUUUAUCUCUGCAUUAAGUGUUGUUGUUGACACCUAUUGUGCCUAGCUGUUACUUCAACCUCCUCUGCAUAAAGGGACCAAUGGAAACAGUAGAGUACGAAUGGAAACAACAGUGAGGAAACACACUAAUAUCAAUAUGGUGCUCUAUUACAAAACCCCAUUGUAGAUUGUGUGCCAUUGUUUGAAUGCAGAGGCCCACAAAGUGUUCGGCAGUUUUCUUUUGUAUGAUAGCCGAAAUAUACAGGUGUAGAGUUUUAUAGCAUACAAUACUCAAUACAAGUACACCAGAAGAAGUAGAGGUUCCUUGUUUUUGUAAUAUUGAUUCGUAUACCCUGCCUCAAAUGUGGCAGAUACCGGUUGAUCCGAUUUGUGGUGACGCUGGCGUCAUGAACAGCACAUAUACAAAAAAAUGUUUACACAGUUAUUUUUUAGGACUUGUUGUCUGUCUAUUAUUGUUUUUUACUGCUUUGUAUACAUAAACAUAUGAAAUGCUUGUUAAUCA